AACAACAGCAAAUUACAAACUCUACGACAAUUUUAAUAAAAUUAAGCAAAAAGCAAUAAAAAAUAAACAGAAACUGAGUAGAAAAAACCCCGCAUACAAUUUGGAAUCGAUUUCUGGCUGAGGAAACAUCAAAAUCACAGUUAUUCAAUGCCUAUUUACCCCGCCCCCAUUUAGAAGAAAAAGUUAUUGGGCAAAAAAUUUCUUAUCAAACGGGCAUGAUAAUCCUGGGUUUUGUGUGUUAAAUUGAUGUAAAACAGUGAUUCAAAGACCUAUGUGAGUCACGGCUUGCGAUCCAAAAAGACUAUGGAAUCAGUUUGCUUGGAGAUUGGCAUUAAUUGGCAACAUGUUGCUGAGACUUCGCAGUCACCCCAUCGUUAUCAAGUGAUCUGUGCUAAACAAUGGCUGCAGACCUUGGAGAAAAAGAGAAAAAUAGACACAUUCCCCACAUAUCCAAAUUUGGAUAGAAGAGCUCAUCCGGAGGGGGACUUGGAGCACCCAUGGUGUCGUGUGCUGGUGCAAUUGUUUAAGAAACAACCCUACAGUAAAGUGUUUCCCAUUAAAUGUCCCCUCGGAGGUGGCAUAGAUGAUGACUUUGGCUCGAAGAUGCCUUUAAGCUAUUCACCAGCAGUUUUUGAAGUUAUGUGUGACAAUUUCCGUAGUCUAUGGUCGGAUUUCUAUAAAAAAUGUUCAGGAGCACAUGUAAAAGGGGACAAGGAGGCCGGAAAAGGGGGUAAAAUGGGAGCUACGCCUUCGGUUAGUCUACUGCCCUAUGAUGCUGUUCUUAAGGAGUUGAUUUAUAGGGUGUUCAAGUGCCCUAUUAUACACUGCGGCCUGGAUCGUCUGAGAGAGGACUCGACUGAUGUUAAAUCUGAAGAGUUCUCGACGGAGUGUCACUCCAACAUAAUGCCCGCUUUGAUUUGCAUCGAAACCUGCCAAUAUUUGGCAGUUAUCUUUUAUCCUCCCGGCAUUUCCACCACUCUCUAUGACUGCAUAACCUUCAGCCCAGUCAUUUUGAGCAGAAACUACAACAAACCCCUGUUCAUAGUAUAUCAGUUGCUGCAGCUGUUCAAAACCAUGCAUGAGAAUGGUUUGAUUGUGGGUGAAAUUUCCUUGCAAGAUAUUUUGUUGAAUGAAAAUCUUUGGGCUUUGCUUAUACCACCUGUAGAAGCCAAUAUCACGGCUUACUUUCUAGAGGAAGUUAUGACCCAUUCACCUAGUGAAGCGACAGGGCUACAAGAACUCGAUUUACCCGUGGAUGGCGACACCAUGGAUGUGUCCAAUUUGAAAUUGGAUUUAAAAUUCUCCUACGACAUUAAGCAAUUUACUUUGAGAGACUACUGCGACAUGUGGUGUAAUGGACAGAUUAGUAAUUACGACUAUCUCACCAUACUUAACAAUGCAGCCGGACGUUCGCCAAAUAAUCCCUCUUAUCACCAUAUAAUGCCCUGGGUUACGAAUUUCCAGUCACGCAGUGGUCUAAAUUGGCGUGAUUUGAGCAAAAGCAAAUAUCGUCUGAACAAAGGAGAUCUUCAUUUGGAUCUUAUGUUUCAACAUGCCACUCAGCAGAUGCAUAAGGACAUAGAAGCUAAUUGCCUUAGCUCAGGGCAGCAGGUGCCCCACCAUGUGUCAGAUUUUUUGUCGGAAAUCACCUACUUUGUUUAUAUGGCACGCCGUACACCACAGCAUAUCUUGAGGGAGCAUGUAAGACCGAUAUGGGUGCCUGCCGAGUAUCCCGCCUCCAUACAAAGAUUACAGGAAUGGACACCCGAUGAAUGUAUACCGGAAUUCUAUGCAGAUCCCAUGAUAUUCAAAUCCAUACACGAAGAUUUGCCAGAUUUGGAAUUGCCCACCUGGGCUUCUUGCCCGGAGGAUUUCAUUGCCAAACAUCGUGAGGCUUUGGAGAGUCAAUAUGUCAGUGAAAGGCUUAACCAUUGGAUAGAUUUAAAUUUCGGCUACAAGUUAUCAGGCAAGGCAGCUAUAAAGGCCAAGAACGUGUGCUUGCCUAUGGUAGAUCAGCAUAAGAAUCUAUGCCAAAGAGGCAUAGUGCAGCUGUUUACUCAUCCUCAUCCUAGUAAAAGAAACACAUCGCCUUGGUUUUCCCGACAAGCUCCCAGAAUACAAAAUUUACUGCCCAGCUCACAGCGGAAAGCAGAAAGAGCUUCUUCGUCUUCAAGAAGCAAGCUAGGCAAAGAAUCCAAAAGUCUUAACAAAAGUACCGAAAAUAUCAACAAGUCCACAGAGUCGUUGAAUGCAGAAGUCUUGGCUUCAUCCACCAGCUCACCAAAUAAUUCCAAAAAUUCUCCUCGUCUCAACUUAAAGGCUGCCGCACUAAGUGAGGAAGGCUCAUCGAGUUUUUAUAAGACCAUAAAUUUUAUAGAAUUGCCAAAAGACUACAAUCCUGCCGCGUUACUACUAUCCUUGGAAUCGUCCCAGCAAUUUGUUACCAAAACGUUUCCCCUGCAAAAGCCAACUGAAAAUGCCCCUGAAAAAAUGUUGACAAGUGAUUUGCUUUUCGAAGAUUACUCGGAAAAUCACAGCUUCACCAAUCAUCUGUUCAACGAAGGCUCACCCACAGAGCAUACUGCAGCCUCGCGGGGCAGAAGUAAAAAUCUGUUGGCCAGUUCCAAGCCACAGGCCCAAAAAACAAUGCAUCUGCAGGUGCACCAUAUGAAGAAGAUAAAAGAUCUACAAAUACUGGGCUGCAUAAUAGUAGAACUGUUUGCUAUGCCCAAGUUAAGACCUUUGAUAGGCCAUAAUUUGCAGCCUAAAUUUGAGUUACGCCUAAAAGCUUGCCAAACCAUUAACCAACUACACAAACAGGAUAUACCAAAGUGUUUAAGAUAUGUUACCAACAUGCUGCUUAACCUGAACGCACAGGAUGUGAUCACGGAAAAGGGAAUGCCCUUGCCUUCGGCCGCCCAGCUAUUGCAGCCCAUAUAUCACAAUCUACUCAUACCCUUUCCCUUUAGCUUCUAUCCAACCUAUGCUCUCAUACGAUCUCUGUAUUCAUUAUACUUUGCCUCAAUGCUUUUAGAACUUCACACCCAUUUCCAAUGCAAUGGCUAUGAUUGUGAUAAAUACACCGAAGUGGACCGCCUUCGAGUGCAAUACGAACGCAAAAUUGGCAAGUGUAAGGUAAUGGCAUGCUGUGCUCACAUACGUCGACUACUGGAGCCUGUGGGCUUUGAACAAUUCCCUGCCAUUGAUAUCCUGCUACCUCACAUUAUCGAUUUGCUGACGGAUGAGCACACCUCAAUUCUCACAGCCUGGAAUCUGUUCGAUUCUGUGGCCCAAUCGUUGGGCAUACAACAUACACAGAAAUAUUUACUUUUGCCCAUUAUGAAAUUGUAUGAUGUGGAAAGUUUUGAAAGAGGCAUGAUUUCGGUGAGAAAUCGAUCUUCUGCCGCGGACUCUCUUUCGAAUUCAUCUACGCAUUUGCGUUUCUCCACCAGCAGUUCUUUCAAAUCACGCAAAUCGGUUAAACUCUAUCAUCAGAUCUUUUUGUUGCGUUUGAUUGUGCGUUUCGGGUUGAAAUGCUUUCUCUACAACUUCAUUGCUCCGCUAAUCGAAGCAGUGGGCGGCUAUAAAGAGCCAGAGGAUGGCAAUGGUUUACAUUAUCACAGCUCGGUAGUGGGUAGAAGGACUAGCCGCAAUUUAAGUUUGGUAACAAAUCCAUCUGUGGUUAUCAACGAAGAUGAUGCGACGCUGAUGUCACCACAAAAGGCUGAUGAUAUGGACGACAAUACUUUGUCGGGAGAGGCAGAAGCUUCAAAUCUCAAACCAGAAAUCGAAGACGUCUUCAGUUUUGAUGAUGAUGCCAAUUCUGAUCAUAUCUCCACUUCCGAUCACAUAUCGAACAAAUCUCUGGACUCAUUUGACAUGAAUCAAAGACCAACAACUGCCGAGGAAGCCAAAGAGGAUGAUGAGCACCAACUGGAAACUACACCAGAAAAAUUGGCCAUUUCUGAGAUAAUUUAUGGCUCCAAAAUAUCGAAUAACUCUUUUGAAGAAUCCGACAAAAUAUCCCUAAGCAGUCAAAAUGCUAUGGAUUCACCACUGCACAAUAGCGCCAGCAGCCAAUUGGGACCACGUUCUCCCACCAUAGCUAUACCUGCCAGUGUAUUUCGCACCUCAUAUCAACUGAAUACCAUAGAUUGUGAUAUUGGCUCUCGCAAGAGUGUGGAUUCUUUUGAGAUUCUGCAGGCGGCCGAAGAAGAGCAAAAGCAAAUGCAGGCGGCGGCGGCUGCAAGACGAUCCAAAGAAAUUAAGCAGGCCGAGGGACAAGCUGAGGGUGAUACAGAACCCACCGGUAGGUCACAGGCUGUUUCCCAAGAACCCAGCGAUUCUUUGCAAGCCUCUGUUAUAUCCAAAAUGUCUGAAGAGAAGUCUUUGCAAAAUAAUUGCAUUUCGGAAAUGAGCAGCAUAAGUCUCAUAUGGCUAUCACAUCGCUUGGGACCAAUUCUCACAUCACGUUUCAUAGCCAAAAAUCUAUUGAAGAUGUUAACCUUAUGUUAUGUGGGACAGGAGAACUUACUGCCGGAAACAGGCCGUGACGACGAUGCACAAAAUCUCAAUUAUUUCACAGUCUCAGAUGCUCGUGUGGUGGGAGAUCGUAGUGCUGUCCGGGUUUUGGAAUGUUUAAUGGCCAUUGCCUCUUUGUAUGGAGAACAAGUGAUUUUAUUGCAAUAUUUUCCCCAUAUUAGUGAACUAAUAGCUUUGGGGGUUAAACGCAUAACCAGCAGUCUGGAGGGAGCUAUAAUUUCUUCAUUGCAGUUGGUCAAAUAUUUGAUACCAUGUCUAACCGAUGCCACAAUUAUGGAACAUUUGAAGGAUAUAUUUCUGGACUCCAUCAUCUUGCCAGUACUUCGCUUUUUGGGUUCUGCCCAAGUUCUUAUGCCUUGCGGCUAUCUGGGACGUUCAGUUCUAGCUCGCAAAUUUCUCGACGCUGUCUAUGUUCUAAGCGUUCGCUUGGGUCCCGAUAUGACCCGGGAACAUUUAUGCUUUUCAGUGCUAAGGCCUUUCUUCCUCAUAUUCGAUAAAGCCUUUGGAGAGACCAUCAAUUUCGAUGGCGAUAAUCGUUCAGCGAAAAUUUCACCCCCAUCUUCUAAUGAAUGUCAGCAAGACUCUAAACGUGAACUGGAAGAGAUAGGUGAUGUCUUCAAUCCAGCUUUGGCUCAUUGUGCCUAUUUGGUUUUUCUGCGUUUCUUGGGCGAAGACAUAAUGAAGCGCACCGUUUUAAAUUUAGAAUUCAUACUGACGCUCUGUCAUGAGUUUGAACAACCCGACUAUAAACCCUUUAUACCCAACUCACGUAAAUCAAGUGAUGCUGUGGAUUGCCCGCAACGUUCUACGCCGGAAUCCCAUAUGACAGAGACUGGAGAAAUGCAAGCGGCCAACAGUUUUGGCACCCAAGUUGUGGGCAAUCGUAUUGAGGUGAUAAGCCCCACAACGCAGACAACUCCCAAGAUUAUCUCAAAAGAGAAAGUGCAACAUAUUGACUCAAUGGAAGUUUUGGAUAUGAUAGCCUAUAAAUUUGAACAGUUACCCAAUACACGUUACCUCAAGGGUAAUUGGUUGGCCUAUUGGAAUCAUGAAAUAACGCGCCCCGAAAAGGACACCAUGUUGAGUUUACAACAAAUUAAACUUCAAUCAUUUGUUGGGCAUACAAAUUCGGUGAGGGCUAUACUAUCGCUGGACAAUGAGAACAGUUUUGUAUCGGCAUCAAAGGAUAAAACCGUAAAAUUAUGGUCCCUUCGCAGUGAAGGCGACGGCUCAAAGGCUAAAUCCUGCCAAUUCACCUAUACUGAUCAUCGCAAAUCUAUACAUUCCCUGGCCUUUUUGGAAUCCUUGCGUUAUGUAGUCUCCUGCGAUUCUGGUGUACACAUUUGGGACCCCUUUAUUGGACGUCCCUUGGGAGUACUUGAUUCGCCAAAGCAUAAUCCAAUUACUGUAGUCAAAUGUCUACCAUCACCUUCGCCCUUAGUGCUGGCCGGUACUGCAGAAGCUUCGGUGAAAAUAAUCGAUGCUCGCUGUAUGCAAUACGUCAAUGAAUGGCGGGUCAGUUCGAAUACCCAAGCGAAUGCCACCGUACGGUGUUUGACGGUGGCUCCUUCAGGCAAUUGGUUGGCUGUGGGUCUCUCAUCUGGUUACAUUGUUAUGUUGGAUACACGCACGGGCAUUGUUAUGAAUUCAUGGCGACGCAUGGAAUGUGACAUUUUGCAGCUGGCUGCACCAAAUGAUCAGCAAUUGAUUAGUUCAGCUUUGGAUCAUAGCUUGGCGGUUUGGCAUGCACACGAUGGGAAUUUACACUACCAGUUGGCACCUCCCGCUGAACCCGCCCACUACUUGCAGACAAUCGGCUCCGAGUUGAUAUAUGCCACCACGGGCAAUCGCAUAGGUAUAUACUCAGAUCUAAGUAGCUCACAUGCGGCACAUUCAGUCACCAAACUGCGUUCAGAGACUUUCAAAGGUGUUCUCACUUCUUUGGGGGUCUUGCCCUUGAAUCGUGCCUUUUUGGCAGGCAAUGAGAGUGGCAAUAUUUCACUAUUGUGUUAAUAAUUAGCACGGCACAAUCCCUAUUUCCAAUCAAAAAUUCAUCAAUUAGGAAAACAUUAAAGUAUUAAAAUUUUGAACAAAGACAAAAACAAUUUGCAGAGAAGAGCUGUAUUACCAUGAACAACGAUCAGAUUGAUUGAAUGGAAAUGUGUUCCAGAAAUAUUUAUGAUCAGAUUUUUAGUUUCUUUGAAAAACAAAUAAAACAAACGCAUCAAUUUCCCUUACACACACUAUAUAGGACUUUGCUUCCCAAAAAAACAACACGUAUUACAUUCUCAUCUAAUGUAGAACAAUUCAUCAACAACCUGAUAUUAUUUUGAACCAAAUAUAUUCUUGCUAUAAAGCAAAAGAUUAAUCUCCAAAACCUAGCUCUUACAAAAUUAUAA